GCGGAGAAAAAGUUUCUUUUACGGGCAAGAAGGGGUUUCGGCGCGCCGACGCAGCUCGUACUGCAACUCUGCUGCAGUUGGCCGUUUUUUUGUUUGUUUGUUUCCCUCACGCCGCCCCGGGGCAUGAAAGGGCUUCGUUCCGGGGAGUAAAAGAAAGGAGUUUCCCUGGGCGCGCGAGAGGAGGGCGCGCACACGCGGCCCGGAGCGCGGACGUCCACUCCAGGCUGGGAGUUUGUGCGGGGCUCCGAAUGCGCGCCGGCUGCGGAGCGCGAGGCCGAGCGGGAGGCCGCAGGACCGCAAUGGGCGCGCCGAAUCUCCGCGCGCCCGCGGCGGCGCUAGGGUUGCUGCUGUGCGCGGUGCUGGGGCGCGCGGGCCCAGUCGAGGGUAGCCGCCGCGGGGUCACAGCUGAGCGCCUGUGUCCCGCUCCCUGCCGCUGCCUCGGGGAGCUGCUGGACUGCAGUCGCCAGCGGCUGGUGCGCCUUCCCGAGCCGCUCCCACCCUGGGUCGCUCGGCUGGACUUAAGUCACAACAGAUUGUCUUUCAUCAAGGCAAGUUCCCUGAGCCACCUUCAAAGCCUUCGAGAAGUGAAACUGAACAACAAUGAAUUGGAGACCAUUCCAAAUCUAGGACCAGUCUCAGCAAAUGUUACACUUCUCUCCUUAGCUGGAAACAGAAUUGUUGAAAUAUUAGCUGAACAGCUGAAACAAUUUCAAUCCCUCGAAACUUUGGACCUCAGCAGCAAUAAUAUUUCCGAUCUUAAAACGGCAUUUCCACCUCUCCAACUCAAAUAUCUGUAUAUCAACAGCAACCGGGUCACAUCAAUGGAACCUGGGUAUUUUGACAAUUUGGCCAAUACACUCGUGGUGUUGAAGCUGAACAGGAACCGAAUCUCAGCUAUCCCACCCAAGAUGUUUAAACUGCCCCAACUGCAACACCUUGAACUGAACCGAAACAAGAUUAAAAAUGUAGAUGGGCUGACAUUCCAAGGGCUUGGUGCUUUGAAGUCUCUGAAAAUGCAACGAAAUGGAGUAACGAAACUUAUGGAUGGAGCUUUUUGGGGGCUGAGCAACAUGGAAAUCUUGCAGCUGGACCAUAACAACCUAACAGAGAUUACCAAAGGCUGGCUUUAUGGUUUGCUGAUGCUGCAGGAACUUCAUCUCAGCCAAAAUGCCAUCAACAGGAUCAGCCCUGAUGCCUGGGAGUUCUGCCAAAAACUCAGUGAGCUGGACCUAACUUUCAAUCACUUAUCGAGGUUAGAUGAUUCGAGCUUCCUGGGUCUAAGCUUGCUAAACACUCUGCACAUUGGGAACAACAAAGUCAGCUACAUUGCUGAUUGUGCCUUCCGGGGCCUUUCCAGUUUAAAGACUUUGGACCUGAAGAACAAUGAAAUUUCCUGGACCAUCGAGGACAUGAAUGGGGCUUUCUCUGGGCUUGACAAACUGAGACGUCUAAUCCUGCAGGGAAACCGGAUUCGAUCUAUUACCAAAAAAGCCUUCACUGGUUUGGAUGCAUUAGAACAUCUAGACCUGAGUGACAACGCCAUCAUGUCAUUACAAGGCAAUGCUUUUUCACAAAUGAAGAAACUUCAACAAUUGCAUUUAAAUACAUCAAGCCUUUUGUGUGAUUGCCAACUAAAAUGGCUCCCACAGUGGGUGGCGGAAAACAACUUUCAGAGUUUUGUGAAUGCCAGUUGUGCCCAUCCUCAGCUGCUAAAAGGAAGAAGUAUUUUUGCUGUGAGCCCAGAUGGCUUUGUGUGUGAUGAUUUUCCUAAACCCCAGAUCACGGUUCAGCCAGAAACACAAUCAGCAAUAAAAGGUUCCAAUUUGAGUUUUAUCUGCUCGGCUGCCAGCAGCAGUGAUUCCCCAAUGACUUUUGCUUGGAAAAAAGACAAUGAACUGCUGCAUGAUGCUGAAAUGGAAAAUUAUGCACACCUCCGGGCCCAAGGUGGCGAGGUGAUGGAGUACACCACCAUUCUUCGGCUACGCAAUGUGGAAUUUACCAGCGAAGGGAAAUAUCAGUGUGUCAUCUCCAAUCACUUUGGUUCUUCCUAUUCUGUCAAAGCCAAGCUUACAGUAAAUAUGCUCCCUUCUUUCACCAAGACCCCUAUGGACCUUACCAUCCGUGCCGGGGCCAUGGCACGCUUGGAGUGUGCUGCCCUGGGACACCCAGCCCCACAGAUAGCCUGGCAAAAGGAUGGGGGCACAGACUUCCCUGCCGCGAGGGAGAGACGCAUGCAUGUUAUGCCUGAGGAUGACGUGUUCUUUAUUGUGGAUGUGAAGAUAGAGGACGUCGGGGUGUAUAGCUGCACAGCUCAAAACAGUGCAGGAAGCAUUUCUGCAAAUGCAACUCUGACUGUCCUAGAAACGCCAUCAUUUUUGCGGCCCCUAUUAGACCGAACUGUAACCAAGGGAGAAACGGCCGUCCUGCAGUGCAUCGCCGGAGGUAGUCCUCCUCCCAAAUUGAACUGGACCAAGGAUGACAGCCCUUUGGUGGUCACUGAAAGGCACUUUUUUGCAGCAGGCAAUCAGCUGCUGAUCAUUGUGGACUCGGAUGUCAGUGAUGCUGGGAAAUACACAUGUGAAAUGUCUAACACCCUGGGCACUGAGAGAGGCCACGUGCGCCUCAGUGUGAUCCCCACUCCGACCUGCGACUCCCCUCAGAUGACCGCCUCGUCGUUAGAUGAUGACGGGUGGGCCACCGUGGGCGUUGUGAUCAUAGCGGUGGUUUGCUGUGUGGUAGGCACGUCACUCGUGUGGGUGGUCAUCAUAUACCACACCAGGCGGAGGAACGAAGAUUGCAGUAUUACCAACACAGAUGAGACCAACUUGCCGGCAGAUAUCCCUAGUUAUUUGUCAUCUCAGGGAACAUUAGCUGACAGACAGGAUGGCUACGUCUCCUCGGAAAGUGGAAGCCACCACCAGUUCAUCACUUCUUCAGGGGGCGGAUUUUUCUUACCACAACAUGACAGCAAUGGGACAUGCCAUGUUGACAACAGCAGUGAAGCUGAUGUGGAAGCUGCCACAGAUCCAUUCCUUUGUCCCUUUUUGGGACCCUCAGGCCCUGUGUAUUUGAAGGGAAAUGUAUAUGGCUCAGAUCCUUUUGAAGCCUAUCAUACAGGGUGUGGUCCUGACCCAAGAACAGCUUUAAUGGACCACUGUGAGGCCAGUUACACAAAGAAAAAGGAGUGCUACCCAUGUGUUCACCCUUCAGAAGAACCCUGCGAACAGAGUGUCAGUGACAUAGGAUGGCCUUCACACAUGAGGAAGUUAAUCAACUCUACUUAUGCUCAAAGUGAAGGACCGGGAAUAAAAAAUGCAUGUCUGAACAAGUCCUCUCUAGAUUUUAGUCCAAGUGCAGAGCCAGCAUCAGUUUCUUCGAGUAAUUCUUUCAUGGGAACAUUUGGAAAGCCUCUGAGGAGACAUCACCUGGAUGCCUUUUCAAGCUUUGGACAGCCAUCAGAUUGUCAGCCAAGAGCCUUUCAUUUGAAAGCUCAUUCUUCCCCAGACUUGGACUCUGAGUCAGAGGAAGAUGGGAAAGAAAGGACAGAUUUUCAGCAAGGAAAUCACACGUGUACCUAUAAACAGACCUUAGAAAACCACAGGACUCCAAAUUUUCAGUCUUAUGACUUGGACACAUAGACUGAAUAGGACCAAAGAGUUCUAACAUGCUACCUCAAGUGGACUUUUAUUUAAAAGAAAGAGAAUCUUAUGUUUUUAAAUGGAGUUAUGAAUUUUAAAAAGAUAAAAUGCCUUAUUUAUACAGAUGGACCAAAAUUACAAAAAGUUAUAAAAAUUUUAUACUGGGAGUAACGUUCAUAUAAGAAUUCCUUUUUUAACUAUUUUAUAACUGUUUUAUGCAAAAAAUAUCUUAUGUAAAUUAAUGGUAUAAAUCCAUGACUAUUUUAUGUAUUUUUAUAAUGCCAGAUUUCUUUUUAUUGAAAAUAAGUACUAAAGCAUUUUAAAUAAUAUCUGUCGUGUACUGUUUUUGAAUAGAGUUCACUUCAUUUUAUUUUGCACAUUACGUUUAAUAAAAUGUGUCAUUUUGA